AUGACCUCGCCGGGCCAUGAUGUACGUCUGCCCGCCGCUGCAGACGCCUCCUCGUCCGCAAUCCAUCUCCCCGCCUCGCCGCCUCGCCGUGAUCCUGUCGAAGACGCAGACGCAAGCUUUACUCGCAAACGCCCCCGCCUAGAUUGCGGAAACACCGCUCUUUGGCCCAAGUCUUCUUCUAGCCCCGCCUCUCCUGCCACAUCCACCAUCGCCGCACCCCACGAGCAGCUGGUCGAGAUGACCCUUCGCCCACACCCGCCCUCGUCCUCGCCCUCACCCUCACCCUCGCCCUCGCCCCCAUCCCCCGUCAUCACAACCGCCGACGAGAGGCAGAGCGACCCAGAGCCCGCCGAGGACAGCCCUGCUCCGCUGCAACAACACUCGGCCAUAGCAAUGCCUGGCGCAGACGCCGCCUCUGUCAGUCCGCCCGUCGACAUCAUCGUCGACGACGAAGACGAAGACGAAGACGACAACAUGGCCUUUGCCGUCCACAUCGACGCCGAGGACCAUUUUCGCCAGUUCCCCUUCAACACCCGCGGCAAUGGCUGGCUCAUGGUUCGGGAGCUGAUAGCGCACUUCGAGAAAGCCACCACGGUCGAACCUCACAUACUCCCUGCCCUCGCCCGAUGGCUCAACGAUAUACCCAACCGCCAUGUCGAAGCCGUGCCUUUCUUCAUGUCCAAAGAGGAAUUCUGGAUGUCCUUUGCUGAUUUGGUCCACGUUGCGCUACAACGAAGAUAUCCCUUGGGUGACAAGUUCGUCGACGUACAAGUAGACGAUUCCUUUACAGAGUUCUUUGGCGCAUAUGUGCGUGUUUGCUCUUUGCUGAUACUCAUCGACGCUCACCGAAUCUCCCAUCCGCGUUCCGAGCCACGCUUCCCAUACACGCUGCUGAGCGAACUCCAUCUCCGCAACCUCAGCACCCUUCUACGUCGCGAAAAGGUGCCUCUCUUUCAGACAUUACAAAAAGACUACGCCAUCGACUUGUCAGACAUGAUCAGCCAGCUACACAAGAUCUUCUUGUCCGCCGGCGGCGCUCAAAAUCUUCUUCGACUGGCCGACGAAGCUUUUCAGCAGGUCGAACGUCCGACCGAGAACACAAUUGCCCUUCAUGCCUCGCGCUCGUUUGGCACCCUUGGCUGGUCCAUUCAAGAGUUUUCCCAUCUGGCUGCAUGUCCCAACAUGGCCGAUUACUCUCGACGCGUCUUGCGAUUCUUCUACAAGUACGGCAGCGAUCUGUUCAACUUGAGCCGAGUCACCGAGGCUACCAUCACAAGAGAUCUCGUCAUACAGUAUGCGGAUCUGAUUUUCGAGCUUUGUGUCUGGAAUAGCGGCAUUGCUGCAGAGCUAGUGAGCAAGUAUCUCGACUUUCGGGAUUUCCACACUUCCACUGUGCCGUCUUCGGCCGAAAAUCCGAUUCAAUAUGACGCCAACAAAUACUGCAAAGAUCCCACGGCAUUUCCUGUACUGGUAUCAACGGCGUGGAAGUUCAAAGUUCUUCGCAAAUACAUCACCAAGGGCAAGAUGGACCUGCGUGUUUCCAGUAUCGCUGCCAUGGACAACUCGUUGAUUGAUAUUUGGAGGGAGCUUGGUGGCCCUGAUGCCGCCAGCCACAGUCCUGUCUUGCGAUAUUUGGCCGACUUCUUGUUGCAAGGGCGCGUCGUGGAUUACAUCGUUAGCGUCGACUCUCACCCGCAACUGAUAUCCCGCAGUGGAAACAUUGUCGGCUUUUUGAUCGUCACCCAUCGAUGGUCAGAGAGUCAAGCGGAUACGAUCUGGAACACCGUUGCCAACAGUCCUGAUUUCCGAGUAGUCACGGCGACCAUGGCCAUGCUACGCAACAUCAUCGGCCUCAUGGGAGCUCAGGAGCUCUUCUAUCUAUGCAAGAAGCUCUACGAAUUGCCUCUCGAGCGAUACACUUUGGAGAUUUUACAGUUUCUACGCGAAUUGAGUUCGCAGCUGACGAUCAAAGCGUCACAGAUGACGUACAAGGAGGUAGACCACAGCAUGCGGCCUUGGAGUGUCUGUAUCCGGAUCCUACGCGAGACCGCCCCGAGCAGAGAAGCCGAUAAAGAGAUGAUGAGUCUUCACGCCGAAGCCGGUGACCAAUUGCACCAUAUGCUUCAUGCCAUUUCCGAGGGCGAGCGAUGUGCAAUCUACGAGGAGUGCGCAAAGCACAUUGCUGGUCACACGAAUCAAGCGACUGGAAGCGUGCGUGUGAUAUUUGUCCUUGCGUCUGCGUUGCAUUCAGGAGACGGGCUAUUCUUCCAAGAGCACUUGCAACUCUCGCGCCAAAUCUUAGAGGAGAUCCCCAGCCUGGUCAAAACCGAGCUUGCAGCAGAACCUUAUCCCUCUCAAAAGCUGGUCUUGCAGUACAGGCUCGAACUAUUGGCGCUUUUCAUCUGCCGCGCAGGUUUGGCCAUUCCCGUAGACUUGUACAGCGAGAUUUGGCACUACACCGUUGGACCAGGUGCGCUCUCGGAUGCCGCACGCAACAUUGCCUGGGCUCAAUUUCUCAACACGAUUAAGCUAUCGCCAAAAAAUGACUUCUUCGAGAAGCUCGUGGACUCUUAUGUUCCCACUCUCGACCCCCAUCAUUUCACAAACGGUCUCUUCGAUUUUGUGGCGAAUUACAAUUUCCCUACCGUCAGGUUGCACGAGGAAACCGAGGACGGAGAAUCCACUGUGCUGCAGAAUUCCGGGCAUGACCUGUUGUGGCUGUUGAUGACGGAAUCUCUGCCAGAAUCUCCCAUCGGAGACCGCGCCGCACGACUUCUUGCGACUCGUUAUGCAAAGCUGAACGAGACUUCAGGCGUCCAUCUGGCCGAAGUCGAGGCCGCUCAUGUCGCCCUGGUGGGGAAGUGCAUGGAGGAAUUGCGCGACACGUCUAGAACGGCACGCAAAGGAGCUCUGACCUCCAAGCAAAGCGAGAUUCGCUGUCAAAAAAUUCUGCUAUUCUUAAAGCUAUUGCUUGAAUCUAUUCGGCAGCAACCGGAUCUCAACCGGAGUCGAAGGACGGACUCGAAAGUCGAUGAGGCAGAUGUUCCAUUUGGAACCGCAAUCACCAUCAAAUACCAGUGUGGUAAUGACAGGCAGUCUGUAUCGAUGGCUGCCGAACAUACGCUGGAAGAUCUUUACAAACGACUUUGCCAUGCGACAAGCUUUAGCAAGAUCAACAUGUUCGCCAAAGGUCAACGACUGACUCUCACGGACAACGGUACACAGAAGCUUUCUGACCUUGAUGUCGGCGGUCAGCUGCUUGUACAGCGUGCCGAAGGAGCUCAGGCUACACACUCUCUACAUGCGCCUAUCUCGGGAACCUCAGUGUUCGAAACUACCUUGCUAGAGCACUUUGACGAGCUAUUCGAACUCAUGGAGUCGGACGAUGCGAUCAGCCAAAUGGUCUUUGAGUUCUUGGCGUUCUUCCCGCCUCGCGCCACGUUUACUGACCUGGUCUUGACUGGAAAGGCGCAGUCUGAAACUCUGUUUCCUCCAGGGAAAUCUUUCCAAGCUCGUUAUGCGGCCCAAGCCCUCCAAUCCGGGCUCAAGGAACAAAUCCGUGGAUCAAGUCUCAAUGAGGAAUUCCUUGCCAACGCCAUACACCAUCUGAAUGCUGCACUUCUCAAUCCACGCUUGAUGAAGGAUCCGCUAGCAAGCUUCCAAGAAAGGCGUCUGGCGGCCAUUCUUGUGCACGUUUUGCUAGAAUUCCUUCGCGGUAUGCCAAUUGUAUCCAACCCGUUUUGCCAAAACUCACAGAUGACAGAACGGCCAUCUCCCGAUGUAUCCGCUGCCUACUUCUCGGACGGGGGUCUUCUCUCCACUCGCCUUCUUGGUCUUCUCACCGUGGCGCUUGAAUCCAACGAGGAAGCCGAUUUCGUACAGGAUACCUAUGCUGCAAUUUUGGAAGCUUCGCUUCAUUCCCGGGCCGUAUGGGAUGCCUUUAUGGAUAACCCCGACACACGUGGAAUACAUCGUACCCUACUGCUCGAUGACUCUAGACUUGUUGUAAGGCAACAUGUUGCACGAAAGAUUACAUCCGUGUGUGGAGGGGACCUACCAUCGACAUGCCCAGUUACCAAAGCAGAGAUUGCAUCUCGCUUCUGGUCAGUCAUCCGGAAUAUUCUGCCCGACACUAUCGAGCAGCCAGAACGAUCGCAGCAACUGUUCGAGGUAGCUGAUCACGUUUUCCGUGCCAAUGACGAGUAUGAACGGAAAGAAGAUGACCUGAGGACACUCCUGUCAUUUUGGAGUGAUCUGCUUCUUGGCCAUAACCAUCAGACGUUCGCCGGACGGGAGGAGCCAGACUUUGUUGUCCUAGGUUUCACUAAGCUGUUAUUGGGAUGCAUUCUGUCAAUAAAGUCCUUCAAGAAACCUUUGAAUUUGGGGACAUUGAUGGAACAGAUUUAUAGAAGGUUCCUCUUUGCGGGAAGUGAUUUUAAGUCGGAUGACACUGCCACAUCCUGCCAAGUCCUCGACCCUGAUACGCGACACGAACUUUUGGAGCUGGUCCUGGCGCUGGCAGACGAUAAGAACCCAGACGUAGAGACUGGCGAAAAACGGGGUGUCGACACCAGAGGUUCCUAUGACACUCUCCUGGAACUAGCCAGUGAGGUUGAAGGGCGAGACAAAGAGUCAGUCAUGUCGACUUUCGCCGUCGACCGCAUAUCCGAAGUCCGCUCCAGCACCGGCUACGUGGGCUUGUACAAUCCACGCAACAUCUGUUACAUGAACUCCCUCUUGACUCAGCUCUUCAUGAACUUGUCAUUUCGGCAGUUCAUUCUUGGUCUUGAGGUGCAAGAAGCUACUGGCUCACAAAAGCUCCUCGUCGAGACGCAACGACUUUUCACGCAAAUGCAACAGUCGGUCAGCAGAUCAGCAGACCCGCGCGAUUUUGCAGCGUGCAUCCGGAGUUUUGAACAAACUCCGAUUGACAUUACUGUUCAAAUGGACGUGGACGAGUUCUUCAACCUCUUGUUCGACCAGUGGGAGAAGCAGCUUGUCAAAGCAGAAGACAAGCGGAAUUUUCGAUCCUUUUACGGCGGACAAACGCUCAACCAAAUCAAGUCGAAAGAAUGCGACCAUGUCUCUGAACGAACCGAGUCGUUUUUUACUGUCCAGUGUGAUGUUCAGGGCAAAGCUAAUCUCAGAGAGAGCUUGGGGGCUUUUAUCAAGGGUGAUGUAAUGGAGGGUGAUAAUAAAUACAAGUGCGAGUCCUGUGGCGGUAGACUCGUCGAUGCUGUCAAGCGCACCUGCCUAAAGGACGUCCCGGAUAAUCUGAUUCUUCACCUCAAACGCUUCGACUUUGAUCUCAACGACUGGAGCCGAAGGAAGAUUUACGACCAUUUCGAAUUCCCCGAUUCAUUUGACAUCAGCGAAUACCACGUCGAUCAUCUCAGCGACCCUUCCAGGCCACGCGAAAAGGACGUUUUUGAUCUGGUGGGUAUACUUGUCCACAGCGGCACUUGUGAAAGUGGUCACUACUACUCUUAUAUCCGCGAACGGCCCUCUCCUACGGGUGUGGCGACAUCUUCGUGGGUCGAGUUUGACGAUAGCAGUGUGACACCAUUCAAUCCGAUAGAGAUUCCGCAGAGAGCGUUUGGGGGCCCGACAGAGGAUGGUUAUAACCGACACUUCAAGGUUUACUCUGCGUAUAUGCUCUUCUAUCAACGGAGAGACACCGUCGAACAAACUUUGCAAGAUUGGGUCGCUCCCAUGACGGGUGGACCAUUCAAGGUCUCCGCCCCGGGUGCGCUAGUCAAAGAGGUGGAAGCCCGCAACAGCGACUUUAUUCGAGAGUAUUGCCUAUUUGAUCCGGGCCAUUCAAGAUUUAUUCGUCAACUACACGCUAUGUCUCGAACCAUCAACAAGGGCACCUGCUCGGAUGCUCAUGAUCAGGAAAACCGGGUGCUGAGGAUAGUUCUUACGCAUCAAAGCCGAAUCGUCUGGCGACAGCAAACACCCGAGAUCUUCCUAGAAACCGUGUCUCAGCUGCGCCGCACAGUCCUCUCAUGCCCGAAAUGCUGCAUUACGGUUUUGACUUUCCUCGCCACUGAUGAUCAUGCACUUCUCAACCUCAUCCUAAGAUGUGUGCACGCCAAGGUCCGGGCGAAUACGCGAAUUCUGCUCCUGGAUUGUCUGGAUUUCCUGCGCGACAAGGAGCCUUCUGCGUAUGGCAUAGAUGGCCCAGACAGCGACAUGGACCUUGAUUCUGCUCCCCCAUCGCACGGUAUCCUCUGGGCCGUGGUCGCGAAGCUACGCUGGAUAGCAGAAGAAUCAGCUAUAAGCCCACGUGGAUGGGAUGAUUUCUACACCACUGUGACAGAGAUUGCCGAGAUGGGACACGCAGAGACGGCCAUUCUACUCGACCACGGUUUCCUCCAUUUCUGCGCCAAGCUCUUCUGCAUGCAGCUGUACAAGAGCUUCCCAGAUGACGUUUACGAUCUAUCUCGAGUCCUAUGCGGUAAACGAAAAGGCAUUUACAACAGGCUCAUCGUCUGCUUGGCUACGCUGCUUUCGCAGAUUGACAUCAAUCUACCGAGUUUUGUGCGGCCGUCUACCGGCCCACCCUCGAGCCAGAACCGCCUUGCUCUUCUGGAUCGCGAGCGCAUGAAAUUUCCAAUGACCUACCGCGAGAAGCAAAUCAUGCUUUAUUAUGACACCGAACUCUCAGCCAUUGCAGUCCUGGACAAGGCUUUGGAACUGUUUGAUCCUUCCAAGGCAGACCACUUUUAUCCUGGAGAUAUAGUCAAGUGGAUCCUUGGCUCAAGGGACCGUUCCGUGCAAACGAACUUGUCCAAGACAGUGACUGAGGGCAUCGGACUAGAUCCUCCUUAUUGCGACGCAUAUGUCCGCGCCGGACUGUCGUUCUGCGAACGCUUUGCCAACCCGGCUUCUGUGAUCGACUACCUCGACGCCGUUGCAAAAGCCGUUGCAUCGUCGACCCGUACCGAUGGCGAGUGCGCACCAAGUGGCGACGUUGUGCUCGAGCUUUUCACUGGCCUUCUAGAUGUCCAGAACCCUGAGCUAUUCGAACAGAGUCAUCCGCAGAUUUUCCAUCAGUGCCUGAUGAACAAUAGUCGCUUGUACGCCACACCACUGCUCAUGCACCCAAUGGAGAACAUUCGAAAGGGCACCCAGGCCUUCCUUGUCCAUCUUUUCCUUGAACAUGGCGAGCUACCCCACGAAGUCUUGCUGGUGAAAUGGAGCGCUGUCCGCGAACUGAUUCAAGAUUUGACCGGUCGUAUCAUCUUUGAGAGCACUUCGGGCAUACUGAGAUCGCACAUGAGCCCGCUGAUUUCGACCUGCCAAUCACUGAUCCACGCCCUCUUCCUCUUGUCGCAGAGCGAAGACGCCGCAAUGGAACCGUACAAGGAUGAGAAUGACUAUCUCAUCUUCCAACACUGCCGAUUGGAAGUCGAGCCGCGCCUGCACGAAUGGCCGGACGAGGGCACUCCGCCUUCGACGGUCGACACCUUUGAUCAGUCAGACUAUGGGAGUGAGUCUGAUGAUGCGCAGGAGUUGAAGAAUUGA